AACUUGUUGAAAACAAUAAAAGUAUUAAAAUGAAGAUUUUUACAAAGUUUUUAUUUUUUGCAUUAUUGGCUUUUGGAGAGAGUUCUGUGUCAAUUAAAGAGCAAUUUGAUGUUCUUAUACAGAACAGUUUUGAAAUUAUUAAUUCUACAGGAAUCUUCGCAAAAAAAAACUUUCUUGGGGCUUAUGGAAAUGGAAAUGCUUACUCGCAUAACCUACAAAUUGAUCAUAUAAUAACUCUAGUGGCAAAAGGAACAUGUCGAUUGACAGGAAUUGAUUCGACUUAUAUUGUUGAAGUUCUUAAUGGACAAAAUCCACCACCAUUCCAAAGUCAAUUAAGCUGCAUUAAAGAUGGAUUGAUAGAAAUGAGAAAUGCUGUAAUUAAUGAAAGGAACACUACUAAGUUUUUCAAAAAGAAUUUUUCAAAGCAAAAAAAAUUCAUUCCAAUUUUUGAAAGCUUGAACAUGCUUGACUUAUUUGUAGACUACUGGAAUGGUAAAACUAAAGCAGACAUUGAAUCAACCGCAAUCAUUACAGCUGAUUUAGGUCAUGGAAAUCAUCAAGAAUUAUUAGAUUAUUUCAACGGAAUUAGCAACAAUCUUACUUAUCCAUUGACCUGUAUUAGAGAAAUCCUUGAUUUAGGUAUAGCUAAUAUGAUAACGGGAUAUGGUUCAGUCAUAGAUGAUUGUAGUACAGAAAGCUCUGGAGAUUUCGAUAUCCUUUUCGAAAGCUCCUACAAAAUGCUUACAUCAAAAAGAGAACUUUUCAAACAAAGUAAUAUUGAGGAACAACAAAAUGGCCUUGCAUACGCUUAUGAUGGAUUUAUGGAUCAGCUAACAAUUUUGAUUGCAAAAGGAACAAAUCGAAUUACUGGAAUUGACUCAAACUAUACAACGGAAGUACUUAAUGGUGAAAAUUCUCCUCCAAUUUCACUCACUUGUGUUAAAGAUGGAUUGACUGAAUUACAAGAAGAAAUGCACGAGUCAAGAAAAUUAUCUAAAUCUAUGAAACAGUCAUUUAAAGCACCUGAAUUGACUUUGAACACAUGCGAUGAUGCCACUAAUGCUGUUGUACCCCAUCUGAAUAUGAUACUGACAGCUUUUGGCCCUUUUGUGGCAAACUACAAACAGUAUGUUGGAACUUUUGACAGCCUCAACAUGCUUGAUUUAUUUACAAACUUUUGGAUCUCGAAGGGAAAAUUCGAUAUGGAAGCGAUUGCAAUAGUCACAGCUAAUGUUCUCAAUGCGGAUCAACAAGACGCUGUAGAUUAUGUCAAUGGAUUUAAUAAGACGCUAUCAUUUCCAUUAAGUUGUGCGGCAGAUGCUCUUGACAUGUGCGUGAGCCAAAUGAAGAUUGUCUACGAGUGUGUUUUAAAGAAUUGUUAA